ACAUUACCCCGCUCCAGAAAAACCGCUUUAUCUACCUAACUCGACAUGUCUUCCAAGAGAGGCAGGAAGCGCAAUGACAACCUCCCUCCCAACAGAGCUCGUGACGUACAGCGUGCAUUCCGGGCUAGAAGGGCUGCUCAUCUCCAAGCUCUGGAGGACCGAGUUGCGGAGCUCGAGGAGGAGAACGACAACCUCCGAGCCGCCCUGAACUUGCCACCUGCAAGCCGGCCGCCUCUGGGACGCGGUCCGACAGGAAAGGAUAAAGCAAAACAGUACAAUAGAGCAUCGACAACACGGGCCGAGUCUGUGAUGGGGGAAGGCUCCGCUUCACCAAGAACGAAUCACUCGUCUCCACAUUCAAUGAAUCAACCGAUUCCCUCUGGCUCUCAUAUGGCGAAUCCAGGAAACAAUUCAACGGGGAUGUGGAACAACGCAAUUUCGAUGACCCAGCAUGACGAGUAUGGUUCAGAACGAGACGUCCACUCAUCCAUGACAGUGAACCCAACCGGCGCGUCAACAUCGUACCCACCCGACCAUCCGUUCCGCUUUGACGCAGGCCCGUCUACCAGGCCCCGGACGCAAUUCAGCACUGCUGUAUUUCCGUCCCCGGGGCCAUCGGGAUACCAUCAUUCUGCGGACCGGCCCUCUAACUCUCCUUCGGGCUUUCCGCGAGAGGAACCGUUUUACCCGAUGACUUCAGUUUCAUCUAGUAACAGAAACUUAGCACAAUCGUCACCCGGCAUGCAUGCUCAUUCCGUUCCACACCAUAUGGAGUCUGCUAUGGGUGGCACGGCUCAGAACUCGAUGGGGUCACACGCGUCUACAUUCCCGCCUGCAUCUCCAGCAUCGCCGACUGGUGGACUUAGCAUGUCAAUGGUCACUCGAAGGUCAAUUCACGAUCCUCAACAUGUUCCUCAGCGAGCCAUCAUUUCGUCGCACGGCCUGACCCAUUAUUUCCUUGAUGGGGAGAUGGACGCUCGUGGCGACGUUCCUCGGGCCUGGCGUCGAGCUGCUUGUCUUGUUCACCUACUUAUUCCGGAGAGUGCCGUGCCUGCAAAACGCCGUUCUUGGUGACCGAGCUCUGACACAGCCUGCGCCCUCGGCGGACAUCCGGCGCACGUGUAAUUAGCACCAUACACGAUCUGAUAACACAGUUACCCUUUCAAAUCAGAUUGAUAGCAACAAACGAGAUGGCGGUGGGAGGCGGAUAAAGGGAAAAGGAGAGUGUCUUGGGUAUAACUGCGAAAUUCAGGGAUCACCAUCGAGUCUCCAGGAGUGUAAUACAAGGCCUUCCAGAUUUAAGUGCUUAUUCGCCGUGUCAGCGCAUGAUCUCAUUCGCGUAUCAUUUUGCCUCCGCUGUCCAGCAGAUCGCCGUGCUAUGCCGCUGAGGAUGUCCCCGCGAGCGAUGGAGAUGAGGUCGACAGUCAUUUCGCCUGCCGACGCCACGUUUCACCGCGUUC